CGUGAUGUGCAUGAUGUCAGCAGCUUGUUGGAUUGAGGUGCUGUGCCCUGCUGAGCUUAAUCCAGGCUGAUCAGGAAGCAGCAAGCAGUCACCUGUGUGAAUCCAGAGAAGUAGCCAAAGGUAACCUAGUGUAGCCUGGGACUGCUGCUCUAACGAUAAAGAAUCAUAAGGAAACUCACAGGAACAACAGCAUUAAUCUGUAGUUGAGUCUGAGAGGACAAGGGAAGAAACGGGCAAGAAACUCAAAGUUCAGAGCAGGGAAAAAACUUUAAAUGACCUUUUAAUAGCUUCAGAGGAUAGUCAAGGGCAUUUUGUCAUCUUUAAUCUGCAACACAAAACACCUAAAACAAGGAAUCCACCUGGUCAGAAUGUCCACGAAUGGAAUAAGUAUGGCUCUAAAGCUCCAGUUCGGACUUAUUAAUUACGAAAAUCGUUACCUCACGGCAGAGGCAUUUGGGUUCAAGGUAAAUGCAUCUGGCACCAGCUUGAAGAAGAAACAGAUCUGGACCCUGGAGCAAGACCAGGACAGCCAGGUGGUUUUCUUGCGCAGUCAUCUCGGACGUUAUUUGGCCACAGAUAAAGAUGGCAAGGUGACCUGUGAGGAGGAAGUGCCAAACACAUCCUGCCGUUUCUUGCUUGUGACGCAGUCAGAUGGACGCUGGGCCUUACAAUCUGAGCCAUAUUCACGUUAUUUUGGAGGGUCUGCAGAAUAUUUGUCCUGUUUUGCCCAGACCAUUGGAGAAUCUGAACAAUGGGCCAUGCAUCUUGCCCUUCAUCCACAGGCCAACCUGCUAAGUGUAUCCCGUAAGCGCUACGCACGCUUGUCCACUGCAGAUGACGAGCUCUGCAUGGACAGUGACAUCCCCUGGGGCGUUGACUCCCUGAUCACUUUGGUCUAUCUGGAUGGCAAGUACAGUCUGAAGACCUGUGACAACCGCUUUCUCAGCAAUGAUGGUAAGCUGGUAAUGGAUCAUGGGCCUAACACUAGUUUCACCCUGGAACUUAAGUCUGGCAAGCUGGCCUUUAAGGACUGUGAGGGCAAGUUUCUCUCACCAACGGGCCCCUCAGGCACCUUGAAGUCUGGCCGCUGUUCAAGGCCAGGGAAAGAUGAGCUGUUUGACCUGGAAGAGAGCCACCCACAAGUUGUUUUCCAGGCAGCCAACAAAAGAUAUGUGUCUAUUCGUCAAGGCGUUAGCAUCUCAGCUAAUCAGGAUGAUGAGACAGACAUGGAGACAUUUCAGAUGGAGAUUGAUAAAGACACUAAGAAGUGCAUGUUCAGAACCAACGGUGGAAAUUACUGGACACUCGUUACUCACGGAGGGAUUCUGUCCACGGCUACAGAAGUCGAAGAAAGCACCAUGUUUGACAUUGAAUGGCUGGGCAGGCGAGUUGCUUUGAGAGCAAACAAUGGAAAAUAUGUCUGCACAAAGAAAAAUGGACAGCUUGCUGCUGUGAGUGAUUCUUUGGGGGAGGAUGAGCAGUUUGUGCUUAAGCUGAUUAAUCGUCCAAUCCUGGUCUUGCGUGGGGAGAACGGCUUUGUGUGUCACCACAAAACCUCCAAUAUACUGGACUGUAGCCGCUCUGUUUAUGAUAUCUUCUCUUUGCUUUUUAGUGAUGGUGCAUACCAUAUAAAAAGUGGAAAUGAAAAGUUCUGGUAUGUCUCCAGCAGUGGUCUGGUGUGCACAGAUGGGGAUAAACCUGAGGAUUUCUUCUUUGAGUUUGUGGAGUGUGGACGGGUUGGCAUCAAGGGUCAAAAUGGCAAAUACCUGCGUGGAGACCAGGGAGGCACACUGAAGGGUGACGGGCUCAGUGUGGAUGCCUCAUCCCUGUGGGAGCACUGAGUGCUGUAACAGAGACCCACAGACACACAAAUACAGACAGAUGUCACAGUGUAACAAAAAAAUCCUCCUGACACCUGUUCAAAUAAUGACUUUUCAGCAAUACGCUCUUCAUUGACUUUCUUUCUUUAAUCUUGUUUGUUUUGUGAGUGUGUGAAAUAUCUGUGGUUUUAUUUGUUUCUAAUACUGCAGAUAUUAGUAUCAUCCUUUGCUUCAUAGGAUACAAUACAACCUUACUUUACUCUGUCAGUUUUCAAAACAGUUACAAAAACGGUUGGUUAUUAAGUCUGUUCUGUUGAAAGGAGCACUACCUGAAGGUUCUUAGCAUGUUAUAAAAUGAAUGUUACAUUUGACAAAUAUAUUUGUAAAAUGCCUACAGCAGCAAGUGUCCAUGGACUCUAGAGUUGGAAAUAUUAGUUUAGCCAUCUUGCCCUAUCAUCAGACACCUUCACCUUCAUUUGUCAAACAGGAAUAGUAAACAAGAACUUUUGGUCAUGUCAGCCACUGACACUUUUAAAUCUCUUAACUUAUGACAGGCUUAUAGGCUGUCAGAUAAUUAGCAACAUUUCUACUAUGGUGAAUGUUUUAAGGUGUGUGUUUUCUCUGAGUUUAAAUUUGCAUCUG